AUGUUGAGGGCCCUGUUUGUCCUACCUCUUGUCGGGGCUGCAGUGAUCGGGCCCAGGCAAAACAAUCAAAGUUGUCCUGGAUAUAAGGCAUCGAAUAUUCAGGAAGGUGACAAUACCCUGUCCGCGGACCUGACCCUCGCUGGGACACCUUGCAACACAUAUGGCACUGAUUUGAGAGACUUGAAGUUAUUGGUUGAGUACCAAACCGACCAGCGUCUCCAUGUCAUGAUUUACGAUGCCGAUGAACAGGUCUACCAAGUCCCUGAGUCGGUUCUGCCGCGUGCAGAUAGCGGCAAUAGCAACCGAGAAAGCUCCGAUCUUAAAUUUGAUUACACCGAAGACCCCUUUUAUUUUACAGUAUCUAGAGAAGACGAAGUUCUUUUUGAUACUUCCGCGUCCAAUCUCGUUUUUCAAUCGCAGUAUUUAAAUAUCCGCACUUGGUUACCCGAUGACCCUAAUCUGUAUGGCCUUGGAGAGCACACAGACUCUCUUCGAUUGGAGACGACUAACUACACUCGCACUUUGUGGAAUCGUGAUGCUUACGGAAUUGAUCCGGGAACCAAUCUGUACAGCAGUCACCCUGUGUACUACGACCAUCGAGGCAGUGAUGGCACUCAUGGCGUUUUUCUGGCCAACUCUAACGGUAUGGACAUCAAAAUCAAUAAGACUCAGGAUGAAAAGCAAUAUCUUGAGUAUAAUAUCCUCGGGGGUGUUUUUGAUUUUUACUUCUUUACCGGCUCCACCCCUAAGGAGGCCAGUAUGCAGUACGCGGAGGUUGUUGGGCUUCCUGCCAUGCAGAGUUACUGGACAUUUGGUUUCCAUCAAUGCCGAUACGGCUACCGUGAUAUUUAUCAGGUGGCUGAGGUGGUAUAUAAUUACAGCCAGGCUAAAAUUCCGUUGGAAACUAUGUGGACCGACAUCGACUAUAUGGAGUUGAGAAGAGUGUUUACACUUGACACCGAAAGAUUCCCCCUCAAGGACAUGCAAGAGCUUGUCGAUUACCUCCACGACCAUGAUCAGCAUUAUAUAGUUAUGGUUGAUCCCGCGGUGAGCGUGUCCGACAAUCCCGGUUACCACCGGGGUGUUGAGCAGGAUAUCUUCCUAAAGACGCAGAAUGGCAGUCUCUACCAGGGUGCCGUGUGGCCUGGUGUAACCGUCUACCCCGAUUGGUUCCAUCCGGAGAUUCAGGAAUACUGGAAUGGGGAGUUCAACAAAUUCUUUGAUGCUGAUACUGGCUUCGACAUUGAUGGUCUGUGGAUUGAUAUGAAUGAAGCCUCAAACUUCUGCCCCUUUCCCUGCACCGACCCAAAGACAUACUCGAUUGAAAACGACCUCCCACCCGAUCCACCCGAUAUCCGGCCCAGUAACCCUCGUCCGUUGCCUGGCUUCCCCGACAGCUUUCAGCCUAACUCCUCGAAGCGAUAUCUGGAGAGAUCGCAAGGGAAUAAAGUUGGACUACCUAACCGCAACCUUCUCUACCCGCCGUACAAAAUCCAGAAUGAUGCCGGUCUCCUAAGCGACAAAACCAUCCAAACAGAUAUUAUCCACGCGGGAGAAGGGUAUGCCGAAUAUGACACUCACAAUAUCUAUGGAACUAUGAUGAGCACCGCUUCCCGCAUUGCAAUGCAGCAACGUCGUCCCGACGUUAGGCCCUUUAUCAUCACUCGUAGCACUUAUGCAGGUGCCGGGGCACAUGUCGGGCACUGGACCGGCGACAGUCUCAGCACAUGGGAGCAGUACCGCAUCUCGAUCGCCCAGAUGAUAGCUUUCGCGUCAAUGUUCCAAAUCCCUAUGAUGGGGACUGACGUCUGCGGAUUUGGUUCAGACACCACCGAAGAGCUGUGUGCUCGAUGGGCCUCGCUCGGGGCGUUCUAUACUUUCUACCGCAACCACAAUGAGUAUGGCUCGGCUCCCCAGGAGUUCUAUCAGUGGGAAACGGUGACCGAUGCUGCAAUCAAGGCAAUCACCAUCCGAUAUAGAUUACUUGACUAUAUCUACACUGCUUUCCAGCGACAGAGCGAAACUGGCGAGCCUUUCCUACAGCCGCUAUUCUACUUGUAUCCCGAGGACGAAAACACUUUUGACAAUGACCUACAGUUCUUUUACGGCGAUGCUCUACUUAUCAGUCCCGUCGCCGAGGAAAACUCAACUUCUGUCGAUGCAUACUUUCCCGAUGACAUUUUCUACGAGUUCUACACGGGCACCCAAAUCCAAGGGCAAGGUGCACCGAUCACCCUCACCGACAUUGAUAUAACCGAUAUCCCCAUCCACAUCCGCGGCGGGAGCAUCAUCCCGCUCCGGUCAUCCGGUGCGAUGACAACUACCGAGCUACGCAAGAAGCCCUUCCAGCUCAUCGUCGCCCCCGGUUCAGACGGGACGGCCUCUGGUAGCCUUUACGUCGACGACGGAGACUCUCUUGAGCAGAACAAUACUACUAACAUCGAGCUCGAGUAUCGCAAUGACUUCCUGUCCAUUGAUGGGCAGUUUUCGCGUGACUUCCCCGUUAACAUUGAGAGCGUCACCUUGCUCGGUCAGACAUCAACCAACUCUACUCAGAACCGGAAGCAAGUGGUAAACAAGAGGCUGGUACUUACGAAGCCCACGAGGGUGAAACUAGCUUAG